AUGAGAGCCUCGGACGAGCGUCGUAACGGUCGGGAACGACGCGGGAAUCAAGAGCCCGAUCAUGAUGACAAUAGCCAACAACCUGCUCCAAAUGUUUUGCCUGAACAACAGACAACCACAAAAGCAGGAAAACCAAGGCAGCGCAUAGCAUGGACUACAAAAAUGAAUGAAGAUAUUAUGCACUGCUACUACACUGCAACGAAAUUGGACACACUGAAAACAGGAUACAGAACAGAUUUCCAUAGACUAUUUAUACAAUUAUAUCCACAAUACGAACACAAAAUAACUGCACAAAGAAUAUCAGACCAAAAGCGAGCAAUAAUGACAAAUAAACUUUUAACCGACGUUAACAUUGAAAAUAUUAAACAAGAAGUAGCCAAUAAAAUAGCUAGCAUACAUAACAACAAUAUAGAGCAGAACAUUACACAAAAUCCUAAUAAUAAUAACCAAAUAAACGAUUUAAUAGACCAAAAUAAUAAUGAAGAACAAAGUCCCAAUAGAAACACAAACAGAGCUGAAAUCACAAAUAACCCGAACAACGAUAUGAUCGCAAAAACUCUAAAUGAAAUAAACACUAAUCUAAUAAAGUGGGAAGGUGUAAACCCAGUUAGUCGCCCUCCAAUUCCAAAAUUAAUAUUUAAAAAAGACACCAUUAAAUAUAUCGAAACUAUAAACAACACUAUACUACCAACAAUGCUCAAUUAUAACUCCACAAUAGAAAACAUUCACACAUAUAUAUACGUAGCUGCAAUAACUACAACAAUACUUAACAACCAACAUCCUAUAACACAAAACAACAAAAUAUUUAACUCGGGAAAACAUAAGUGGCAAAUACGAAUUGAAAAUAAAGUAAAUGAAUUCCGGAGGAACUUAGGACGUCUAACACAAUACAAGAACGGUAAUAGAUCAAAAAAUAUAAUCAAACACAUAAACGUUUUACAACAAAAAAAUAACAAACCAUUAGACGAAAUAAUAGACACCCAUAAACAAAAACUUAAGGUGUACGCGGCCAGACUAACACGUUAUAAAGAAUCCAAUCAAAGGAGGACUGAUAACAAGCUAUUCACAAAUAACCAAAAGACUUUUUACAAAAAAUUAGCAUCCAAAGAAGACUUUCAAAUUAUCCCACUAACAAAAGAACAAAUAACGAAUUACUGGAAAAACAUAUGGUCAAUACCUACUCAGCACAACGAAUCAGCUACAUGGAUUCGCCAAGAAGAACACCGACAAAAAGAUCUACAACCACAACACAAUAUCGCACUGUCAACAGAGGAACUAACCAACAUAAUCAAUAAAACUCACAAUUGGAAAUGUCCAGGAAUAGAUAACGUCCAAAAUUUCUGGUACAAAAAGUUCACCUCAACACACCAUCACCUAGCACUAGCAAUUAAUAAAAUAAUAGACCAACCACAAACCCUACAAGAAUUUCUUACAAUAGGCAAAACAUACAUCAAACCAAAAAAUAAUGAAACUACCAACCCGUCCAACUAUAGACCAAUAACAUGCCUACCUACACUAUAUAAAAUAAUCACCUCCACAAUUUCCUCGAAAAUAGAAACUCAUCUAACACAACAAAACGUCAUAACUGAUGAACAAAAAGGAUGCAAAAAAAACAGUCAGGGCUGCAAGGAGCAACUUAUAAUUGACACAACAAUUAUGAAACAAGCCACAUCAAAACAACGGAACCUACAUUCAUGCUAA